UGUUUUGCUUUGGGCAGAGUGGGGCUCUGUCGGCCCGGCGCGGGAUUCCACCUCGGGACCGAGGGCGUCUAUGGGGCCCCAGUGGCUACACUGCCGGGAGCCUUAGCGCUCUCCGCCUGUCGCACCGCGGGGCCAGUCGGGUGGGCAGGGUGGAGCCGAGCGGUCCGCGGGGCAGCAGCCGGAGCUCGUUUCGCUCUCCCUCCUGCAGGUGCGCCUGGAAAGGCGGACGCGGAGGAGCGGGCGGCCACCAUGGCGGGCCCGUAUCUUCCCACCUAGGCCUCCAGCCCGCCGCCCCCGCGGAACGGCCCUCCGCAGCCCCUGUGAGGAGGAAGAGGAGGUGGCGGCGGACGAGGCGCCGCCCCUUUGGCGAGCUUCCCGACCCGGCGGCCUCCGCAGGACCCAUGGCGGAUUCCUCGCCCGCUCCGUCCCUGCGGGCAGGCGGCCCCCGUGCGCCCCGGCCCUCAGCCCCCUCGCCGCCGCCGCCGCACUCGCGUUUGGGCUCCGAGGCCGAGGAGGCCGAGCUGUCGCUGAGCCUGGCACGCACCAAGACCCGCUCGUACGGUAGCACGGCCAGCGUGCGGGCGCCGCUGGGCGCCGGCGUCAUCGAGCGCCAUGUGGAGCACCGGGUCCGCGCCGGCGACACGCUGCAGGGCAUCGCGCUCAAGUACGGAGUCUCGAUGGAACAAAUUAAAAGGGCAAAUAAACUGUUUACCAAUGAUUGUAUAUUUCUGAAGAAAACUUUGAACAUCCCAGUUAUAUCAGAGAAGCCUUUGCUGUUUAAUGGACUUAACUCAGUAGAUUCUCCAGAAAAUGAAACUGUUGAUAGUUUUUCUCAUGAAGAGGAGCUGGUAGCAGCUGGGGAAGACAUCUCUCCUCCCAGCCCUCAAGAAUUGGAUGUUCAGCCCAUGCAGCCUGAGGAAGUAUCAGCCAGAGAUUUUCUGCAGAGGCUGGACUUGCAGAUUAAGUUAUCAACACAGGCAGCCAAGAAACUGAAAGAAGAGAGCAGAGAUGAAGAAAGUCUCUAUACAGCUUCCCUUUAUCACAGUUAGAUGAUCAGGGGGCAUAAUCUAACCUGGUUAAGAGAUGGCUGGAUCAUAAAGAAACCAACAACAGAUGAUUCAAAAGCAUCCUUUUGGAUUCUCAUAGCAAUGGCACCCCACUCCAGUACUCUUGCCUGGAAAAUCCCAUGGACGGAGGAGCCUGGUAGGCUGCAGUCCAUGGGGUUGCUAAGAGUCGGACACGACUGAGCGACUUCACUUUCACUUUUCAC